GAAUACCAUGAUAACCGUACACGAAUAUUGGAUGAGCACGAUUCGAUACGCUUUGAAAUUGAGAACCUUCGUGAGGAGCUGCAAGAGGCGGAACUACAGAAAGAAAGGAAGAAGGAAUACGAUGUCAUCGCUGCCAGGGUCAAUAACCUCCCUCAGAGAUCCGAAUUGAACGCGGCCAUUGCAGAAUAGAGGAUGAGAUUGCUACUAUAAUCGCAGAACAGGAGGCGACUCGAGAGAUCCUUACCGUGAAGCGCUCGAUGAUGGAAGAUAUCCGUCAGCGUAUCCAGGAUAUGAUGCUUCAUGGACGCGACGGCGAGUUGGAGGAUACGGAGAGACCUUCCUCGCCGAUGCCCCGGCCCAUCCCCUCGUCGGCUGGCAACACUCUUAGCCCGGAAGCAAAACCAUUCACUCCGACACUUAAGCCUCCUCAUCUUCUAGUUUCAGCAAGCUCAAGACAACCCUCGCCAUUGCACAGCCUAGGCACGCCGAGCCCUUAUUCGGAAGGCAACCUUGCCCCAGCGACCGUUGAGGAACCGGAAGAUGGGGAGGACGUCGAAAUGGGGGAGGUGUCUGAAAUGGUUAAGGAUUCCAGAACGAAUGGGCACGAGAAAAACAAACGGGAUAAAAGGAAAAGCGAGGAGUUGGAAGAGGGCGAAGCCUCAGAUAAUUCUAGCGAACUUUCAUCAGCCCCAGACUAGCCUCACUGCGACAAUUUUGCAUACUGGCAUUUCCCCUUUUCCUAUUCUCUCCUGAGGAAAGGUUCAGUCUAUAAAUUAGUCCAUACACAGUUGUCGUGACAAUUGUUUGUACAUCAGAAGUCCAC